AUGUGGGGCAUCUCGCAGCACCACGAACGGCAGGCGGUGCUCGCCGCGGGGACGCUCAGCGGCCUCUACCUGGGCUACAAGCUGCUGGUCGCCGUGUACAAGGAGCUGAAGAUCACGCGCGCGCUGGACGCCCAGGGGCUGCACCGCCCCAAGUCGACGCUGCCGAUUCUGGGCAACACCCUGGACGUCAUGUACUUCCAGAAGGACCGACUGCAGGACUGGAUGGCCGAGCAGAGUCAGGUCAGCGACGGCAAGCCCUGGGUGCUCAGCAUCAUCGGGCGCCCGCAGACGUUGAUUCUCACGUCCCCCGAGGCCUGCGAGGACGUCUUCAAGGCGCAGUUCGACAACUUCGGACGUGGAGACGAGCUCGUCGACCUGCAGCACGACAUCUUCGGCGAGGGCGUGGCCGGCGUGGACGGCGAGAAGUGGCUCAAGCAGCGCCGCAUCGCCAGCCACUUGUUCUCCAUGAAGAUGCUGCGCGACGUCAUGGACGAGGUCAUCUGCGAGAAGUCCCUCAAGCUGCGCGACGUGCUGGCGCAGUGCGCCAAGGAAGGCUGUGUCGUCCCCAUGAAGUCGCUGCUGGGCAAGUUCUCGAGCGACGUGUUCACCAAGAUCGGCUUCGGCGUGGACCUGCACGGCCUGGACGGCGACAUCAACUCGGAGAUGGACCACCCGUUCAUCGAGGCCGUCGACGGGUACGCGGAGGUGUUCGGCGCUCGCCUGCAGUCGCCCAUGUGGUACUGGAAGCUCAAGCGCUUCCUCAACAUUGGCGACGAGCGCAUGCUCAAGCGCUGCAUCAAGGUGGCCACGGAGCUGCUGAACGAGGUCAUGCUCAAGUCGAUGGCGAGCAAGACCGCCGAGGACUGGAACACCAAGACGGACCUGCUCACGCUGUUUGUGGACACCACGGGCAAGACGGACUCGUCCGACCUGCGCGACGCCAUGAUGGACUUCUUCCUCGCCGGCAAGGAGACCACGAGCUUCAGCUUGGCCUGGGUCAUCGUCAAUCUCAACCGGCACCCGCGCGUGCUGGCCAAGCUUCGUGCCGAGAUCCGCGAGAAGCUGCCGGGCCUUAUGACGGGCGAGCUGGAAGUCCCCACGAUGGAGGACCUGGCCAAGGUGCCGUACAUCGAGGCCGUGCUCAAGGAGAGUCUGCGUCUGUACAUGACGGGCGUCCACCGCACGCCCAUGCGGUCGACCACGCUCCGUGAGGGCACUUUCGUACCCUACGGCUCGUAUGUGGUCAUGUCGGUGUACGCCGCUGCGCGGGUCAAGAAGGUGUGGGGCGAGGACGCCGCCGAGUACAACCCGGACCGCUGGAUCGACGAGGAGACGGGCAAGAUCAAGUUCGUCAACCCGUUCCAGUUCAUCACGUUCGGCGGUGGCCCGCACCAGUGCAUCGGCAUGCGCUUCGCCCUGCUGGAGAUGCAGACGGUCAUUGCCGUGCUCUUCAGCCGCUUCGACAUCAAGACGGUCGAGGACCCGUUCAAGAUCACGUACGACUACAGCGUCACGCUGCCCAUCAAGGGCCCGCUCGAGUGUACCGUGCACGAGGCCACCGCCCCGGCAUACUAA